AGGGCUUCAUAAUCACCAUCAAAAUCAAGCAGAAAACUUCUGCAAAACUAAUAUCUGAAAUUCAAGCUCGGAAAAAAGAGAGAAAUCGCAAUCGGUAGGGAUGGAAGGAGGAGAAGAUGGAGUGGAGAAUUUUGUGGAUUCAAAAGACAUGCAGCAGCAGAGCAAAGCGUUCGAUAAACUCACCGACCGAGUCGAGGAUCGCCAACUCGACUCAACCCGAGUCCAAGAAGCCAUGGCUUCAAUAUCUGCAUCAAAAGAAGCUGACAUACAGGCUGCUAGGUUGAGGGAGAAAGAAUUGGCGGCUGUUAAGAUUAAUGCUGGUGACAUCGAUAUCAUUGCCAAUGAACUGGAGCUCGAUAGAAAGGUUGCAGAAAGAACAUUGCGCGAGCAUAAAGGCGAUGCUGUUGCUGCCAUCAGAUCCUUGCUCUACUAACCACCACCUUCCGUUCAAAGAAAAUCGCGCCUGCGCACCUUCACUUUCUGGCAAAUCUCAACUAGGAUUGCUGGGAUCAGAAAUCUUUCACAAUAUUCCUUGUUUAGACACAUUUGCUUAUGAUUGUUUUGCACGUUGUUAUAUCAUAAUACGAGGACAAAUUUGUGGGCAUUUUAACAUACUGUUUGGUCUGCACGAAUGCUGGAAAGAGAUGAUGUGUUUGUAAAUUUUGUAACAAACAAGUUUCCAUCUUUAUACAAAGGUGCAUCUUGAAA